AUGGUGUCCCAAAAGACAGCGGAAGCUUUGCAGCAGAUUGCAGGCUCGGAAGAAAAACAACAAGGCUAUAUUGACUUUCUGACAAAUGCCCAAUUUACAUCUACACCAGCAGAGUUACCUGAUGACUUAAUCGCAAUUUUCGAUGCCAUAUUCGUUGAUGCUAUAGGAAUAGUUGCGACACGAUCCGUUAUCAUAUCAUUUGUCGAUGCGCUUAAAGCCAUUAAGAGCAAUGAGGCCAAAAUCAAAGUUGGCGAACAUGCUUUACCGACUCUGGCUGAGCAAGCAUCCUCAUUCGAAGAACAAAAUGCCCAAAUCCGCGAAUUGAUGGCCACAGCUUACGAGGACGAUGAGGACAACCUUGCAGCCGCGAAGAUAUUAGCUGGUAUCGUUCUCGAAUCAUCGCAGCGGAAAGUCACGAAUGAGGAGAAGGUCCGAUGUUGGAUUCGUAUUACGCGGAACUAUCUCGAGGUGGAUGACACAACGCUGGCAGAGCAAUAUCUAAACAAAGCCAAAAACGUCAUAUAUACAGUCUCCGAUCGCGAUCUGAACCUCCACUUUCAACUCAGUCAAGCCCGCAUUCAUGAUGCCAGGAGGAAUUUCUUAGCUGCUGCUCAGGGCUACCAGGAUAUCAGUUUCUUGCCAGUUAUCGCCGAAGAGGAGCGUUUGCACACUCUCAGUAUGGCCAUAAAAUGUGCUGUUUUAGCACCUGCAGGCCCUCUUCGAAGUCGUGCUUUGGGAAGAUUAUACAAGGAUGAACGAGCUGCUGGCUUAGAAGAGUUUAGUAUCUUAGAAAAGAUGUUCCUGGAUCGCCUAUUGUCCCCCGACGAAGUUUCUAAGUUUGCAGAAGGUCUAGCCCAACAUCAACUGGCAAAGACGCAAGACGGUACCACGGUAUUGCAAAGGGCUGUUGUGGAGCACAACUUGAGAGCCGCUUCGAGAUUGUAUAACAACAUUAGCUUCGAAGCUCUGGGGGAUAUAUUGAAUCUCGAUGCGGAUAAGGCCGAGGAGACUACCGCGAGCAUGAUUGAGCAAGGUCGAUUACUUGGCAGAAUUGACCAAGUAGAGAGGGUUAUUUGGUUCGUGGGUGGAGAAGCUACUGGAGAGAUAGGCAGCGGUAGAGCUGAAGGAAUUGUUGGGAUAGAACUAAGAAGAUGGGACGCUAAUGUUCAGGGGGUGGCCGAGGAAGUUGAGAAAGUCACUUCUGAGUUGCAGCUUGUUUAUCCGGAUUUCGUCGCUGCAAAUAUGGUGGCAUAA